UUCCGUCAGCCCGGUGACGUCUCCGCCUCUCAGCCCGUGUGCAGCGUGACGUUACCGGGCAGUAGUGGAGCCUCUCGCUGCGUCUUGUUGACGGUCCUCCAGGCUCAGUACUGAGAAGAGCCCGGGAGAGAGAGGACGACUCACGCAGAGACUCACACUCAGCGUUCAGGACACGGAUCAGAACUUGGCAAACUUCAGUCACCAACAUGCAUGUGUCUCUCAACCAGAAGAUUUGUGUCAUUUGAAAAGACUUAGGGAGGAGGAAAAAAUACUCAGAGGAAUACAAGAACUCAGUCAGCUGACAGAAACAACAGUAACCCAGUGCUUAGACAUGGCCAGCACCCAGACCAGUUUGAAAACCCCUUUCAAAGACUUGACCUCAUUCAAGGGCAACAUGAAACGGCUUUACAGAGAGCGGCUGGAAGACGCACCCAUCAAGAAGCGAGUAAUGGCGGAGAUCAACCUGAAGCGUCGCAGCUCGGAUUCCCUCCCCAAAACCCCCAAGGUGAAGAGGGAGCAGACCGAGGAUCUGUACCACGACUCUGACAUGGAUUUCGCGGGCCAGGCUGAAUUGCAUGUGGUGGGCUCUGCUAAAGCCCUGGACCUGAGCCCUGGGCUCAAACACACACUAGCCCAGUUCACCCUCAGCAGCCAGAGCUCCCUUGGGGGCCCAGCUGCCUUCUCAGCCCGUACCGGCCACGAGCAUUCCCAAUCCGGCAUGCCCCCUCUGCCCUCCCCUCCUGUCCUGGGAGGGGGCCCUCUGCUGGUUCCCUGUGACAGCUCCACUGAACUCACCCACUCACUGUUGGAAGGGGAGUCCAUCUCCUGCUUCGUCGUCGGGGGAGAGAAGCGGCUCUGUCUGCCCCAGGUGCUCAACUCUGUGCUCCGCGACUUCUCGCUGCAGCAGAUCAACACUGUGUGCGAUGAGCUCUACGUCUAUUGCUCACGUUGUGAUGCCGAGCAGCUGCACAUCCUUAAAGUGUUGGGCAUUCUGCCGUUCAACGCACCUUCCUGUGGCCUCAUUACACUGACGGAUGCACAGCGGUUGUGCAACGCUUUGCUGCGCCCUGGAGCGGCCUUGCCUGCCGACCCCAGUGGCAAGCUGUCGGCCCAGGGCCUGCUGAAGGAGAGUGAAGCCAGCUUCCAGGUGGAGCACCAAUGUCUGGGGAAGUGCCAGGGUCUCUUCGUGCCCCAGUUCUACACCCAGCCUGAGGCGCCCUGCAUCCAGUGUGUUGAGUGCCAGUUGCUUUUUUCCCCGCAGAAGUUUGUCAUGCAUUCACACAAGUCACCUGAUAAGAGGACCUGCCACUGGGGCUUUGAUUCAGCCAAGUGGCCCUGCUACCUACAGCUUGCCCGGAAGUACCAGGGAACAUCCGAGGAACCCAAGCUCAAGCAGCUCCUUGAUGAGGUCAAAGAAAAGUUCCACUACCAGCUCAAGAGGUCACUAGACAAAAAGGAGGUGGAGGAGGAGGAGAGCCAGGUGAGGAAAUCCUCAGCAGACCUUUGCUCACCUAGUGGCAAGUUGGCCAAUGCCUACCCUGCGAGAAAGGGAAAAACAUCUCCACCUGCUUUGGUCUUCAACCGUCUUUUCUCGGACAUUAAGGAGGAGCCAGGACACCCCACCCUGGUCCAUCCCAGUUACUACCUGUACACAUACGAUAAGAUGGUGGCUCCCAACGUGUCUCUGCAGCAGGAGGCGGAGAUGAGCCAGGAGAUGCUUGGAGCGCUGCUCAAACACCACUACAGCCGCAGAGUGCUGGGCCAUGACGAGCCACCCAUGGAUCUUCACGCGUCGCCCCCUGUCGCUGCUGGCGCCGAGGAGGCCAAAUCCCAACAUGCCGCUGCUGCCUCGGCCACCGAGCGGGAAUGCCAAGCCCAGGCAGUUUCCAUGGAGACAAGCAGCCCGAGCUGCAAGAAAGCCUCCCACACCCCCGCCCACACCCCUCCACCUCCUGCGUCGUUGUUGACGCCGGUAACGGAAGUAGUGGCUAAGGACACAGGCUCUGCCACAAGCGGCGCUGCUGUGGUGGUGGGGGGGCUGGAGGACGACAAGGACAGGAUUGUUGUGGAGAUCAUGCAGAUGUACAGCAGGCAGCAGGAGAAGCUGAACUCCACCCUGCACAAGCAGCUGCAGCUGGAAUUGGAGCUGGAGGCGGUGCGCGGGGGCGAGGCAGCGAGGUUACGGGAGCUGAGCGCCGAGCAGCGGGAGCUUCGCAGCGAGCUGGAGGCGGUGCACAGCGAGCAGGCGCGGCAGCUCAACCAGGCCCGCCAGGAACAGCUGGAGCUGGAGACCCGUCUGGAGCAGCUCAGACAGCAGGCCUGCGCCUGCGAAAUGGGGGUACAGCGCCAACAAGAGGCCCACUACACCGCACAGUUGUCGGAGCUCCGUCAGAGGCUGGAGCGGGCGGAGGCUGAUCGCCAGGAGCUGCAGGAGGAGCUGCGCCGGGAGCGGGAGGCUCGGGAGAAGCUGGAGCGCACGAUCACCCAACUCAAGCAGCAGAUGGCCCGGUCUGGCACGGUGGGAGGCAGCCCCUCUCCUCCUCUCACCCCUUCCACAGGACCCCCCAACGCCUACUCCCCGGCCUCCUCCUCUUCUUCCUCCAUCUCGGAGGCCCCAGCGUCUGGCCAAAAGUAACUGCCACCCCUCCAGGCGCCUCUUUCCCUCCCUCAUUCCUCUCCGCCAUCACCCACCAACUCUACAGACACAAACAAAUCAGCCUGAAGCAGAACGGAGCUUCACAUCUCCUCAGGCUGUUUUUGUUAAGUUGUGCAUCUCAUUCUCCUCCCUUAUAAUUUCAGUGUAGGACUGACUUUUGUUUUUCUAAUUUAACAUCACUUAAAAGAAAAGUUUGAUGGUGUGUUUUUUUUUAUUAUUCUUUCUUUUGCUCCCUCUCCUCUCUUAAAACAGUAUUUAAAGAUUUUUGGGCAUGUAUGAUUUAAUUUAUAGUUUUUACUGAACAAACAGCUGCUUCACAGACAGGAGUUGGGUCCAACUCAACCAUCACUAUAUUUUUUCCAUACUCACAUUGUCACCCUCUUCAUCCUAUCCCCUCUUGCUUGCUCUGGAUUCCAGAGCCAAUGACUUUGAGAUUUCAGCUCAGACACGGAUGCUUGGCUCCCCACGGACGUGUCAAUUCACUGAUACUACCUGGCACAGCAGCCGGUGCCCACGGACACAAAAUGGCGCCUGGAUGUGUGCCUCCUCUCCGUGUUUCUGUACCUUCAGCCCAGAUGCUCAAGUACCAGCGAAUGCAGGAAACUGCAUGGACAUUUCAAAACUGUUUUUUUUUUUUUUGGUCCUUAUAAAAUACAAAGAAAGAAAAAUAUAACGUGUUAAAAUAUCAAAUCUAUAUGGAGGAGAAAAACCUUUACUGUACACAAAAAGACAUUAAGCAGAUGUUGUAAUGAAAAUAUGCCAGUAGUGACACUGAACUUGAAAUGAGUGUUUUGAGUGUGACGCCCACGAGGUAAAAAGCGCUCAGACUGUCUGGCCUGGGCCCCAGCUGCCCCUCACACAGACUAGCUUCCUCUUCACUUUGCUUGGCAGCACCUGGACUCUCCUGUUGUAGACCAAACAGUCUGUCGGUUGAUCCACCAGCUGCCCAGUAUCUCCUCUAAGCCCCCUCCCCCCCACAGCACCCCACUCACUAGAGACCUCACACCUUCCAUCGCUGUGUGCUGGGGCCAUUGCCCUCUGCUGAGAAACUCCUCAACACUGUGGUUUUCACCCACUUUGGCCUAGACAGGAAACACUGUGCUCUUUUCAGGCUUGGCAUGAACAAGCUCACGAGCGGUGUUAUGCACUUAAUGUGCUCUCCUCCUCCUCCAGAGUCUCCUGGGAAAGGAAUGCGUCUGGACACGGGGGCUGGGUGAGCCGGCAAAGCUUUUCUAAGGAAGAAGAAAGGCAGAGUCUCACAUGUGCAGAAGCUGCACCGUCUUACAAUAAUACAUACGACAUCCCCACAUGCGUGCACACUCAAGUGUGUUCGGGCAGUGCAGGCAUUCAGGCAGAACAAUGGUCCCAGCGUUCCCAGCAGAUGAUCAAAGCUCCAGCGUGUCCCUGUUCUCUGGGCUUCUUUUGCUUUUUCUAUCAUUUGACUUCAUUGUUAGCAGACGGUUUUAUCCCCACCCUGUUUGUCAGAAUGUGGGUCGCAGGUGAAAGCAGUUAGUCCGGGAUGGUUUGGGCCCUGCUUCACGUUAAUCUGCCUGGCUGAACAAACAGCACCGGGAAGGGAGGGGAGGAUUGAGGGGAGCGCUCGGGGGACUGGUGCGCUCUCCCCCUCGGCAGGCUGGGUGGCCCGGACGCCAGGGGUACAGAGGGAGCCCGUUUUUUUUUUGUUCUGUGCCGUCAGAAUGGGGGCAGCUGUUGUUGUCUGGGGGCCUCUACCCACCCUCGGGUGAGACUGUACAGGAUCCCCCAUCCCUCAAUGCGACCUCCCUCCUCUCUCACAGAACCGCCAUCACUCACUCACUCUCACUUACCCGUCCAUCCAUCUCCAGUGCCAGAUCAGCUGGGGGUGUGCAGUGUUUUGUAGAAGCCCAGGGGAGCGAGCAGACAUCCAGCCAGAGGAAGAGAGGACUUUUAUUGUGUCAGUUGCCAGGCAAAAGCGCUUUUUAUUGCCACUGAGGAGAUCCCUGUAAGCAAGUGUGUGUGUGUGUGUGUGUGUGUGUGUGCGUGUGUGUAAAUAAUUGUUUAAAAAGAGAAGGGGAUCGGCCUCGGCUAAACUCUGAGCUUUUUUAUGCAUCUGCUCUAAAUGCAAAUUGAUAGACAUUCCACUGUGCUCCAUCCUGUUCAAUGCAGAUUUUCUUACACAGCUUCCCUUUACAAUAACAGAUCUCACAGACUGGGCAGGGUACAGUUGUGGUUUGUUGAUGGUCAUAAGUGCAGGUGCAGGUGCAAGCCAGUUAAAUCGAACCCAUGCCGCAAAUGUACACUCUACUGUUGUUCCAUUUAAACCUUUAUUGAAAUUAUGAAAGAAAAUAUUUAACGUAUUAACUAAAGAUUUAUAUUCACUUUGUAAAUACAGUAGUCAUUAAUAUAUUAACUGUUCUUAUAAGAAUAAUCUUCUAAAGGUUAUAUAAAUUGGACCAGAACUAAGGCUCCAGAUGGCCUAAAUGUUUUUGCUUUCUUUUUUUAAAAAGUGAUCUUUGCAGAUAUCUGAACUUGACUUUAGUCGAGUGGAUGUGGGGGUGUGACAUGCAUGGUUUACUGAGACAUGACGCAGGACAAAGGCUAAAUAGGAAAAUAAUACUAUAAUACACAUGUUCCCCCUUUUCUGAAAACCGAUGCAUUUGUUUUGUUGUGGAUUUCGUCUUUGACGGACUGUUGUAAUGUAACAAGCUUUUUUCCACUUUGUCAAGAAACCCUCCCCUGACCUAAAUUCAAAAUAUUUGUUUAAGAAAAUUCAUUUUGGGGAAAUUCUUUUUUUUUUGCAUGUUUGCUUCCCCUUAUGUUGAGUGUCACUCAGCCUCUCUAUCAAUCAGUUUAUUGUGGAAAAAAAAAAUCCCCCCUGUAACACACAAAAUAUUGAGAUGGCUCAUAUGCAUGAACAUUGAAUAUGUGCAAGUUUUGUCUUUAUCGGUCCAGAGGCUAAAUGUUAAGUCAGUCAAAUUACGAAAAACAUGAAAUGUAGCCUAAUUCGGAAAGUGUGAGUGAGUGAGUGUGUGUGCGUGUGAGUGAGUGUGUGUGCGUGUCUGUGUGUGUGUGUCUC